AAGCAGUAAAGCACAGAGUACACAGUACACAGUACACCAGUGAGCUAGUACACGAGCAAAAAAAUAUUUAUUAAAGUUUAUUGUAGUUUAAAGUAACAUUGAAUUUAUUUGCAUAAAUUUGUUUAUCAAUAUUUAACAAAUUUAUUUUAUCUAUUAACGAUGGGUAAAAGAUUUGAAACAAUUGCUGCAACAGCUUGUAUGACAACUCUUUUGAUGCUUUUUAAUUUUAUUUUUUGGUGUACGGGAAUAUCAAUGUUAUGUGUUGGAAUACUAAUGCGUAUUCAACUACGAGAUUACGUUGAUAUGAGCGUUGAAGGAAGUGGUGCAGCAUUACUAGGACUGGCAUGUUUGGGAGCUCUAGUAGUACUUGCAGCAACUCUUGCCUGUUGCUGUACAGCAAGAGGACAUCCGGCUUUAUUGUAUCUUUAUGGAGGAUUUUUAGCUGUUGUGGCAUUGUUGGAACUAGGUGCGGGUGCAUCUGUUUAUGCUUAUCGUACAACAUUGACUGAGGGCUUUGAUCAGGGUUUAAAUGACAGUUUGGCUGUUUAUGGAAUCGAUAAAGCGAAGAGCAGUCAUAUUGAUGUUAUGCAAACAACUCUUCAUUGCUGCGGAAAUCGAGCUUAUACUGAUUGGCUUGAUAUGAAGCCUCCGAAGAAAAUACCUAAGUCAUGCUGCAAAUCUGACAACGAAUGUAACGUUGAUGACGUCAAUGACAUUUAUAAUGAGGGUUGCUACAGUCGGAUGAUUGACUUUAUUAACAGUAAUAUUGGUCUAGUAGCCGGAAGUGCUGUUGGCGUGGCUUUCUUUCCAUUAAUUGGGGUAUUUUUGGCUUGUUGUCUUGCAAGCAACAUUAAUAAAGCUAAGUAUGAGCAAGUGGCUUAAUCAAAUUAAUUAUUUUUUUCCAAUUUUAUCAAGAUAACUAAUAACUUUAUUAUAAUUUAUUUACAAUCACUGUCGUUUUACACAAUAUCAAUUACAAUUAACAAGUAUUGAACAACUUACUUUUAUUAUUAUUAUUAUUAUUAUUAUUAUUAUUAUUAUUAUUAUUAUUAUUAUUAUUAUUAUUAUUAUUAUUAUUAUUAUUAUUAUUAUUAUUAUUAUUAUAACACAAUGAUUUAUUAAUAAUACAUUUUUUUUAAUGCUCUAUCGAUUGAUAACUACCUAUAAUAUUUUUAUUAAAAUAUCGUUGAAAUUAUAUAACAUUAUAUAUAUAUUGGAUUAUAAAAUAAAAUGACUGUGAACUUAUUAAUGAUUAUAAGAUGAACACACGGAGAAAUUAUUCUUGUUCUUAAUGCGAUGGUGUCAUAGUAAAACCGGACCAUGUUGGCUAUCUGACGGAAAUUGAAUUGAACACAUGCAAAAAUUAUUAUGGCCACAGUAAAAUUGACAACGAUCAUAUUACAAGUUACUGUGACCAUUGUAAAUUUUACUGUGGUCAUAGUAAUUUCUGCAUGUGACCAGCAUGAUUUGGCUUUACCACGACACCAUUGGAUUUCAAACAAGAAUAAUUUUUCCGUGCAGGGCAAGUUGAAAGUUUAUGCAAAAUAUGAUUAUUCCAGGAAAAGUGCUAAAUGUUUAAAUUAUAUUUCUGCAUUACUGUUUGUUUAUAAAUAUUAGGGAAGGGCUCAACGAAAUAAGUUGCGUUGAGAAAAUGAUAAUCAUAAAGUAGGGAAAAAGUGCCUCUAUUGUAAUAAAGGAAAAUUAUAAGAGUUAACAAGGAUAAAUAUCACAUUACAAAAAAAAAAAAAAAAAAAAAAAAAAACAGGAAAAAUCAUUGCGAUGUUGUCUGGUAAUCAGUCCCAUGUUACUGUAAUAAAAAUGUUCUGUAGAUAGCAGUGUAAUCACUACAAAAUAAAUUCGUAGUGUAAAUCGAAAAAUAGAAGUACACAGAAAUAAAAUGAAUCAAGAAAAAUUUAUUUGAGCCAAGAAUGUCAUUAUGAAGAAAAUAUUUCGGUUCAAAAACAUUCUUUAUUUAAAAAGAAUAUUCUUGAUUCAAGAAAACAUUUCUUUGAUUGAUGAGUUUAAAUUCUUGAACGAAGUAUAAUUUUAUUACGCCACGCUCAUAGUUUCUCAUACAUUUUUUUUCUAUGCAGAUCAAGAGUAUCAAUGAGAUAUUUAAUAUUUAAUGUGAUGCAAUCCUUGUAAUUUUAUACUUUUGACAAGCGUUCGACAUGCUUACUUAAUUUAAAUAGUAUUUUCUGAAUAAAGUAAGUAAUAGCAAUACUCUAUUUCUGUGCAUGGAAAUAAAUAUUUUUUUUGUGCUUUAAUCAGUGAAUAUUCGAAUUUGUAACAGACUUUAUUUUUUAAUACUGCGUAGUUUUUGAUAUCAUAGUCUCCCUUUUUUUUACAAUGAAGGCAUUUUUUCUCUACAUUUUUAAAAAUUAAAAAAUGUCAUUCCUUUCAAAAUUACAAUUUUUAGACACAUUACAAUCUUUAUUUGCAUUGACUUUUUUAGUCGAAUAAAAAGUAUAAAAAAAAUUUUUAAGGCCCAUUAAAGAUCUUUGAAAAUUAAUGACAUAAUUUUUAUAAGAUUAUUUGUUUUGCCUGAUAGCCUCUUCUCUUAAUUUUUUUUUUUAUUAAAAUUGCAGAAAGAAAUUAUUAAAUAAAUUUAAACAUCACUAUUUUUUAUAUUCCUGAUCAAAAAAUUAAUUAAAUAUUUU